AUGGACUUGAUAGUAGCCAGCAGAAGUAACCAAUCACAUAACAGUCAACAUAAAAAGUUUGGCGUAGAGAUAAGACGAGACGAAAAAGAUUUCUUAAAGGCGUUGUUGCUUCCCGGUAACAUCGUACAAGUGCACGGACCACCAAUGGUCGGAAAGUCAAUGUUGGUUGACCAGGUCAUUUCUGAAAUACAAAGUGAAUUAGGGAGUACAUGCAAGGUCCAUCAAUACUGCGUUGAGUGCAAGAAUAUUACAUGCCUUGAAGACAUUCUGGAAAGGACUUUGGAAAGUAUGGGCAUAGCACCUGCCAGUGUUUUACCAGCAACAAUCGACGCUACAUUAACAGCAAUAGACUCUAAAUUAAGAAGUAACUCAAGCUGUCAGCACAUUGUUGUCUUUCACAAAUGUCAAGCAUUACGUCUGUCAGGAAACGAUCGCAAAUUUUUACAAUUGGUUGCCUCCCUUGCAUAUCAAAAUGUGUCGGAAAAUGGGAAAGUUACGGUAGUGUUUACAUCGUACGUGGAUUUCCUAAUUCAAGGAGCUAAUGUAAAACACGUUUAUGUUGGAAUGCUUGUUGAUCCUCAAGAUAUUGAAGCUUUACUGCGCCACUAUUCACAAGAGGUCGAGGAUCUAUCAGAAUGCGUAUUUUUUUGCAAGCGGUUUUUGGGCAUUCCAGAAGGAAUAAUUAGAAUCGCUGAAGAGUAUCUGCUAUCCAAUUCUAACUCGCCUUCUGAGCAAUACUUGGAGGAAAUAUUCAACAAUGACUUGGAACUGGUGCAUUUAAUGUUUACCAAAAGACUGGCAGACGUCUUCAGCUGGCUAGACGAACAAGACUUACUGUUUGUUUACAAGUGUCAGCCAAUAUCAUUUCUACGGACGUAUUCUGAAGACCAAUUACACGAGGCCUACAGCAAAUGUAAACAAGAAUGUCCAAUUUUUAGUUCUGGUAACUGGAUGUAUUACUUUGGUGAACUACGAGCGAAACAUGUUCUUUUAUAUUGUUAUGACACCGAGGAACUGAUGUUUCACCCACUGAUAAUCUAUCAUUGUGUCUGUAAUCACUAUGAGGUGCUGCCUUCACGGAAUAAAAGCCAAUGGCUCACAAGUUUUUUGUCUAAGAUCCUCAAAAAGGCAGAAGACUUCAAAAUAGUGACGGAACGCAGUCCACAAUAUUCUAUACACUGGUCAAAACUAAAAGUACUACUGAAUGAAACGAUCCAGCGCUCAGGAGAUGAACCAUUCGGUUCACUUUGUACGAUUGCUUUUUUGGCUGGGAAAUUGAUGAUAUGCACAUUCCCUGACGAAGCCAAAAUUUUCUACCAAGAUUUGGAAAGACGAGCUGAACACCCUGGACUCAAAGCAGCACUAAGAGCUCACAUAGGAAAUCUUUAUGCUCUUGGGGCUGAUAUAGACUGGCAAUUAGCUGAAGACACCCUGGACUCAGCCAUGAGAGAUUUGGAAAAGUAUGGUCUGACCUACUUCUUGACCUGGGCUGCCAAUAAGAAGGCUUUCAUUUUAUUGAGGCAAGCCAAAUAUCUUGAAUCUGAAAAAUAUUACGACACUGCCAGGGAACAUGAAAACAGACAUCAAUUAAUGAGCUUGGAACAAAGUCUUAGAAUACCUGAUUACAUAGAAGAGGAAGAAGAUCUAACUCGCGCUAUUUAUGAAAUCACCCCACUGAUCUUUAGAGGCAACCCAGCAGAUGCUUUGAAAAAACUUCAAGAGCUUUCCUCGAGACCCGGACUUCAAUGUCACCCAUGUUUUACAGUCUUCCUCAACAACUUUGGCUUGGCCUAUGAGCAGUGUCAAAUGUUUGAAGAAGCUCUGAAAUGGUUCAGAAGAUCUAUCCAAGCCAGACGUCCUUUAAAACAAAUUUCACCUUUUAUACUGCUGGUAGCCCUGAACAAUAUAUCUAAACUUUUAUUAAGACACUAUAUGAGAGACGAAGCAUCACUAAAGGACUGUGAAAAGUAUCUCACGGAAGCCUCGCAUAUUUUAUCUGAGAUAACUGGCCACUACUAUGACCGGGCAACGACUAAAAGCUGCCUUGCAAAACUGCAUAUGAGAAAAAAGAAUUAUUUCGAAGCGUACCAAUACGACCUGGAGGCGUUGUCUAUCAUAGAGAACAAGACUCAGUAUGCUGACUACAUGUUUGAAGUUCUCCUUCACCUUGCACAUUUACGCGUAGUGCUUGAUUUGCAGACGUCUGCCAUGGACAGAACUGAACCGGAGUUCAGUGCGUCUGAUCUGAAGAGAUCACCAGAAGAUUUUCUGCUACAAAUUUUGUCCAUUAAAGAAUCUCGAGGCGGUGAUAGUUUUGAGUUCCAUUCUAAUUACCUGUCGGCUUGUGUCCAUGGCAUGCUGGUACAUGUUGGCCAGUCCAGGUGUGACUUUAACAAAUACAAGACAUAUUUCAAACAGCAUUGGACACUUGUUGAAGAGCACAGAGGAACUAGAAAUGAUAAAAAGCUGUCAAUCUUUUCCAAAUAUGAACAUUUUUAUAGUUAUAUUGAGCGGACAGAAUUUAACGACAUCACCUUGCAAGAAUUCAAUGGUUUCGUGUCAGACUUCUGCUCAAACUGUACAACUUUACGUCAAGAUGUCAACAAAUAUUCUUGGAGCAAACAUCUUACAGACAACCUGGCUUCUUCUCCCCACAUUGAAAAGGGGAAAUCAACCCAGAACUGUGUUGAAAAAACUGUAUGUAACAAAUCUGAAACGGGAGAUGAAAGUCAAUCUGUCACUUUGUCUUACUCUCUAAGUUUAGAAUCAGAGGGUGCUAGGUCAAAAAGCAAUAUUCUUAUAUCGAACUUGCUUGGAUCACAUAUGUCAUUCAAUGUGCUUAACACUUCAAUUAGUGAAACAAGUGAGAUGAAUAUCCUGUAUGCCGUUAACAAUAGUGAAGUUAGUGAGUUAGAAUACCAAAGUGUUGAAAUUUCGAUUUCAGAAAUGAACCCUUCGGUUAAUGAAAUUAGUGAAUCAAUCUUUCAAAGGGUAGUGAACAUGUCUAUUUCAGACUGUGAGACAAUCAGUAGUGAUUCUGAGUGUGGGACGCAGAGUGUCAUGAAUUGGUCAGACACUACUGAUGAAUCUUGAUGUGUCAAAUGGUCAGACACUACUGAUGAAUCAUGAUGUGUCCAAUGGUCAGACACUACUGAUGAAUCAUGAUGUGUCCAAUGGUCAGACACUACUGAUGAAUCAUGAUGUUAUGUUUUGCCAGUACAUUCCUAGACUACGACUUUUUCAAGACAUUAAUAAUAUUUAAUUUUUUCAAAGAAUGUAUGCAAUAUGUAUUUAUUUGAGAAUAUUUCAACCUUAUACCUUGGUACUAGAAAUAUUCAUCUUAAGUAGUACGUUACCCCUUUCAGACCUUACGAUCCACACGGCAGGUGAUGUAAAGAUCAUCUGUUUCUGUGACCAACUGGCAGGUGAUGUAAAGAUCAUCUGUUUCUGUGACCAACUGGCAGGUGAUGUAAAGAUCAUCUGUUUCUGUGGCCAACUGGCAGGUGAUGUAAAGAUCAUCUGUUUCUGUGACCAACUGGCAGGUGAUGUAAAGAUCAUCUGUUUCUGUGACCAACUGGCAGGUGAUGUAAAGAUCAUCUGUUUCUGUGACCAACGAUUGACGAGAUGUUUCACCUGACCAGCACACCGACCAACCGCCUUUUCUUUCCCAAAUUAAUAUCAAGUACAGAUUAUAUUUUGGGUGGAAUAUGGGGCGAAAAUAUAUAUA